AUAUCUGUCACUCCCCUUGGUUCUUUCCUCAGGUGUUAUUGACUCUGUUUCAUGUCGGUGCGUUGUUUGUGUUUCGUGUUGGUUGGUUUAUUAAUGAAUUAAAACACUCACUCACUCCCUGAACUUGCUUCCCGACUCUCAGCGGACUCGUUACAGUCAAGGUGUCAUGUCAUAGCUGACACCCCAGUCUUUCUGCAGCUGUCCAUGGUGUUAUAUUUGAGUGUGCUUGGAAGGGGUUGCAGUGGUGCUGAAGCAUACACUUUCUGAUUUCCUGCCUCAACCCAUGCAUUUCCUGUGCUUUAUGUUGAGUUGGCACUCAUAUUAACUGCAGAGCGACAACAGCUUUCUGAUGGACUUACCCAGGGUCUAGUGCACUUUAUACAAAGGAAAUUGAUGUGUCUGGGAAAGAGCUCUGGUGCUGUGAUGGCCCACUUGCCUCAGUGAGACUUGGUUCUUGGCUAUUGUAACGAGUUCUCCCACUACUACACAGGCCUUUGACUUGCACCAGAAACAUUUCAGAAUGAUUUGCAUGACCCGCACCUCUCUGAUUCGGGAGGGGUUGGGUUAAAUGCGGAAGACACAUUUCAGUUGAAUGCAUUCAGUACAACUGACUAGGUAUCCCCUUUUCCCUUACUACGAUAUUGGCAUUCCUUAAUAGGCUACAUGUUCAACAUCUACCUAGUGCUUUUACUAUGAUGUGUAGCCCUAAAUGGAAAUGAAUCUGUCAUUCGGCUACAAUGUUCAUUUGCAAGGGAAACUAGUUUGAGUGUGACACCACCGGCCACUCUUGCUGCUGGCAGAAUUGUUUUGUGAAGUCUGAAAUGCAUGGCAGCUCUUCUCCGUGGAGUGGCACUGCAUGGCACUAUUAAGCCAUGGUCUUGAGUUCUAUGAGUUCAGAAAAGAGAUGGCUUGAACCUGCAAGUCAAUGCUGGACCUGGAUCGGCCUAUCACUGUUUACAGUGUAUGAAAUGUAACCCUCUCGCAGUACAAGACGGCACACGCACAAACAUGACUUAUUUUAGAUGUAAGCAUUCAAUGAAAUGUUCCUUCAUCAAAAGUACUGCAUUUACCCACAAAUCUUUAGCAUUUCAAGUGAAAUUUAAAUCCAAUGUAAAGAUAGCCUACAUUGUUUGGUUUGAAAAUGCUGUAUUAUGUAAUAUUAGGCCAUUUCCAUCACAAAACUGUGAUUUUAGCUGUCCUAAAUCCCUGUAUAUAGUAGCUGACUGACUGAAUUUCUCCUUUUAGCCUAUGUUUCUGGGCAGACUGGCCAGCCAGAGCAAUUGGCAAGUCGAGCCCCGUCCUUUUGCUUUGAAGGAUUAGACUAGACAUUUUUCCCAUAUGGCCCAUGUGACUGCCUCUUUCCACUAGUGCUCAGCAUAAGAGAUGCAGAGUGUCUUGCUUUCAAUGUGAGUGUGCAAUGCUGCUCGGUGCACUACCUUCUCAACUCACUCUUUAUUCCAAUGACAAAACACACUGGCUCUAGGUCCCGCACUCGCUCGCGCUCCAGAUCUCAUUCUCCAUCCCACAAUAACCGAGAGCGGAACUACCCGAGGGAGUACCAGAAUAAUAACCGCGAGUUCCGGGGCUACCACCGAGGCUUCCGGAGGCCUUACUACUUCAGAGGCCGAGGGCGUGGCUACUUCCCACGGGGACGCUUCCAGAGGGGUGGUGGAGGCGGCUAUAACAACUACCGCCCCAAUAAUUGGCAGAACUACAGGCAGCACCCCCAACAGCAGCAACAGCAACAACAACAACAGCAGCAGCAACAACCCCACAGCCCGAGACGGGGACGAUCCCGUACCCCUAAAAAGCGCUCUGGUAGCCCUCAUUCCCACAGCCACUCCAAGUACUCGGACCGCUCUUCCUCGCCCCGAUCCCGGCGCUCCCACCACUCCUCUUCCUCACAUUCCUCCUCUCCCACACGCAGGUCGGGAUCUGGGUCGGCUACGCAGAACUCUAAGGAUGUCAAGGAGGAGCGUUCUGCCUCCAAGGAGGUCCAGAAGAAAGGAGUAGGAGGAGGAGGACAUGGUGAGCCUGUGGAGAUCACAGGGGGGUCUGCAGGGCCUGAUGGGGGCGCCAGUGGGGACAGGCCCAAGGCUAACUGGCAGGGCGUGACGGAUCACAGCAACAGCACCAGCCCCAAGGGGUCAAGUCCUCAGGUGCGCUCAGCUGUUAUCAUUGGUCAGGGCGCUCCAGCUUCGACCCUGUCUAGUCCCUCUCCUAAAAGCACUAAUGCUAAUGGCCCCAAUUCCAAUGGUGCCCCCUCAUGGCAGAUUCAGACAGUGGGCAGUUCACCUUCCACCAAAAGCCCUUCUCAGAAAAGCCCCACACCUGUGUUCUCUGGCUUUGGCUUCUUCUCUAAAGAUGACAACCUGGCAGGAGAUAAAGCAGCUAUCUCUUCAGUGUUCAAAAGGUUCUUGGAAGAGCACAAUCAUAAGAAAACGCAGUCCAGUUGGGAGAAUGGCAGAGAGAUGAAAACCAAUGGUGGGGAUGUGGAGCGGGAGAAAGGGAAUGGCAUGAAGGCCUCUGGGGGCAUCUUUGACAGAGAGCCUGACAAAGGGGAGAACGAGAAGUACAAGGAAGACUUUGACGAUGAGGGGAAUGUGUCGUUGAACCGCUUCUUGAAAGCCUCCCCUUUCUUUUCCUGCGGUGGCGAGGAAGAGGAGUUGAUACCCAAGCCCCAUCCCAAGGUGCUCCGCAAAGAGCAUGACCGGGAGGACGAUGAGUCGCCCAAGCCAAAGAGCAAAGUCACCCUCUCGGCCCGCGAGCUAUUUGAGGAGCGCUUCGGCAAGUGGGAGGACCUGGCCUACAUGCAGGUGGCUGCCAAAGAUGAUGAUCUUGAUGCCAUGGCGGAGGAGAUUUACCGCAGCCGGAAGCAGGAGAAGGCUGCGGCCAUAGCUGCGGCCCUGGCCAAGAGAGAGGCCAUAGCGGGCAUGCUCAGAGGCUUCUCCCCGGAGAACGUCAGCAAAGACAGGAGGAAGGAGAAAGCUGCCUCCAGCCCGUCCCCCAUAUCCGCACCACGGAGGAACUCUGACCGAGAGAUGUUCAUGGUCAGGGGGGAGGACUCUCCCCCAAGGGCCUCUGAGAAAAGAGGAGCAGAGUUCAGUGUCAGAAUGGAUUCUCUCAGAGAUGACGUGGCAAGCUCCUCUGGUGUUAUGGUUGGUGAGCGACGGUUAUCACGGGAUCUUGUGCAUCCUACUAAAAAGGAGCAGGAGUUUCGCUCUUUCUUCCAGCACAUUCAGGCCACACAGUUACAAAGGAGUCCCUCAGAGCUGUUUGCACAGCACAUUGUCACCAUUGUCCACUACAUAAAAGCACAGCACUUUCCAUCCAACGGAAUUACUCUAAAUGAGCGAUUUGCCAUGUACCAAAGAAGAGCUGCACAAAAGGAAAUGAUGAAGCCAAGAAAGAGCCCAGAGAUACACAGGAUAAUUGAUGUUUCUCUCGGUGCUUUUAAGAAACACUCUCACCUGUUUGAGGGGAUGAAAAGCUCCGGGGAUGGCAGUUACAAGGACGAAGGUAAAAAAAUGAAGGGUGACUCAAUGGACCUUCGUCUGGAUAUUGAGCGCCGUAAAAAAUAUUCUACCCGGGAGAGAGAUUAUAAACAGGACGGGGGGAGAGAUUCAGGAGACUCCCCAGAGGCUAGCAUGGAGAGGUCCGCUGAGAAAUCCUCCAAGCACCACAAGAAGUCCAACUCUUCCUCCAGGAAAAACAAGAAGAAGCCAUCUCGCUCUCGCUCCUCCUCUUCAUCUGCCGAAUCUCACAGGGGAGGAGACUAUCCCCACAAGGAGCCUGAGCUCAAAGACGAGGGCUUUAACAAGGCCAGGCUGGGGCCUCGGGGGGACUAUGGCGGUCCCACGGAGAGGGGACGAGGACGCGGAGGCUUUCAAUUUAGAAUAAGAGGAAGGUGCUGGAACAGGGGAAAUUACCAGGAAAACAAUGCCAACGGUAAUCCCCCUAACAUGGGCAUACCAGUUCACCCCAAGAAUGAGGACUGGGACCCGGAGUACACCCCCAAGAGCCGAAAAUACUACUUGCAUGAUGACAGGGAGGGCGCGAGGAAGUGGGUGGACAACCGAGGACGGGGGAACUUCCUGCGUGGCAGCAGGGGCCGUUUCAUUAUCCGGAAGGCCAGCGUUGGCCCACCCAACAACCACACCAACAACACCAGCAGCCCCAAGUGGACACAUGACAAGUUCCAGGUCAACAGGGGGGAGGAGGAGGGCGAGCCCCAGGAAGAGGAAACGGAGAAGGACCACAAAGACCAGGAGAAGUCUGAAGACAUGGAAAACACUGAGCAGUGAGGGAGCUCAGGGAGAGUGAAACAUUGUACCAACACAGUGGCAAUGUUCUAUUAUCUCAAGUCAUCUGGGUCGUGUUCAGAUGGAUGAAAACAGACUGAAACAGGGGAGGAAAGGACUACCUGGACUUGUCCAGUAACGAACACUGUCCAAUAAGAAACUACCUGGACUUAUCCAAUAAGAAAAGACCCUGCUCUCAGCCUUUAUCCAUCAAAUGGCCGGACUUUGGGGAGAGUUGCCCGUGCACAAAUACAAACAUUAGGAAUCAAUCAGGACUCUCUUUGACACAAUAUCUUUACGCAACAUUAUGUUAUACUUUUGUCAGGGUAUAGCUAACUUGUGUUUUAUCUGCUUAUAGUAGAAACACUGUUAGACAGUGAACUGCUGUGUUGGAAUAGGAGAUAUACAUAACCAACCUCUGCGCUUGAUAGGUUAGCACUAUGAACAGUGCAUUGUGGGGUGUUAUGUCUCUUAGUACAGGGCUGAUGCAACAUUGCAUAACACUUUUUUUAUAUCUUGUUGCGAGAAUGUCACACCUUUUUGCAGAGCAUGACAAGAGGAUAUUUUUGUGCCAUAGAUUUGUUCAAAUAUGUCAGACACAUAUUUAUCUAAUUAAAUUACUUUUGAGGCCAAACUGAUUAAUACUAGAAGAUCAACAGUUUAUUUAUUUAUUAUAUAGUAGUGAUAAAUCAUACACUAUUAUACAGUAGAUAUAUUUUUAGACUAGUUUAGCCAUCAACCUCAGAAAAUGCAGUAUGCUGUUUUAGGUUUCAACAAUGUAACCUAUGGAUUCAAAUACGUAACCUGCAUGUUCAACUACGUGACAUACGUAGUUGUUUUCAAAUUCAACUACGUAACAUUCAACUUUGUAGCCUGGUAGAAUCUAAAAACAUGCUAAAGUACAGCAAGAAGCAAUCGAAUCCCCUUUUUACAUGACAACUGGGCCAGUUCCUAAUGGUCUAUAUGGUUUAGAUCGUAUGGUUUAUAGUGGUCUUGCUAGUCCAGCAUCUUGCAAAUGACCCCUCUGACAAUGGGACCAAAUCGGGUCAAAGGUUCUAUUCUACAGACCUGCAUUGUGGAGUGAAACAAGAGGCUCAGCAGUGGUGGAAAAAGUACCCAAUCGUCAUACUUGAGUAAAAGUAAAGAUACCUUAAUAGAAAAUGACUCAAGUAAAAGUUGAGUCUCCCAGUAAAAUUCUACUUGAGUGCGUGAAUUGGGCCAUUUUCCUGUCCUGCUAAGCAUUCAAAUGUAAAGAGUACUUUUGGGUGUCAGGGAAAAUGUGUGGAGUAAAAAGUACAUUGUUUUCUUUAGGAAUGUAGUGAAGUCAAAAUUAUAAAUAGUAAAGUACAGAUACCCAAAAAAACAAAUACAAAUACUUUAAAGUACUACCUAAAUACUUUACACCACUGGCAAACAGAGACUGUUAAAUAAAAUGAAUUGGCAUACCCUGUCUGCAAAGUCACAAUAGGCUACCUGGAUGUUUGUUAUCAUGUCUAGUUUGUUGAGAAUCCUGUAUUGAAUUGUUAUAUCUUGUACAUUUCAGAACUGUUAACAUGGUCUUGGGUUGGGUGUGUACUACUUAUUAAUGUCUCACCAAUGGAAGUCUGUGCCUCAGAAAUACCUGUGCAAAGGCAUUCAACUUUUGAUUAGACGACACAAUUUGUAAUCAUUUGUAGUAAUUAAUGCUUCCUUUGUAUAUUAAGAAAAAUUGGUGAUUGGUUAGAUCAUGGCACACUCAAUGCUUUGAUGUGAUAGUUUUUCUUCAUUGAAUGGGGACUUUCCCCCUUGUGUAACGUCUAUGUUAAGUUUGGAUUGCAGAGUAGACUGUGUGGGGUGCACUCUUUAAUGUGCAUGAUACACUUUGUGGUUGACACAUUCAUGUUCAAUUCUAUGUGGUUGGGGGCAAUAAUCUUUUUUAAAUGGUUCCUGUAGCCAAUGUUUUUCAGAUGUAAAUUAAAAAGGACUUUGGUUAAUUUAA